CAGAAAUGUUCUAUAAGCAAUUAUAAUCCAUCUAUAUACCAUAGAACAUUGGGAAUUCAACCAGUUGUGAAUUGAAUCUUGUCGUGGAAAGGAAUCGAAGUUUCCUCAUAGAAGCUGAGAAAUGAUGAUCCUCCUAUUUGGAAUUUUGGCUUUGGUAGCUUCCUGCUGCGGACAACUGCCAGCACAAUGUUACACAUGCGGUCAACAAGCAGCCAUCACCGGGUGCACAGCAAACUGUCCACCACCCCAACCACCCAGACCUGCAGAAUUAAAAUGCGAAGAAGGCUACGUUUUGAGAAAUGGAUUUUGCGAGCAGAAAACUGAUAUCAGAUGCCCCGCCGGGAGCACCCUUCAGGGUGGUCACUGUGUCAUUGUAAGAACUGAGAAUGCAAUUUGUCCCGUUGGGAGUGAAAUGCGUGACGGUCAAUGCGUUAAAAUUUUUGAACGCGUUUGUCCUUAUGGCUAUCAUAUGAUGAAUGGCCAGUGUAUUAGAUCAGAAACGGUACCGGUAUCCUGUCCACCUGGGUCAUACCUGCAAAAUAAUGAGUGCAUUAGAAUUGAGUGCCCCAAGGAUUAUCGCCUUGAAAACGGUUGGUGUGUUCAAAUAAAUCCACCACCAACUCCGCCAUGUGAAUUCAGUUGUCCCACAGGAUAUAUUUUGCAAAACAAUCUAUGCUACCCAAGGCAACCGACCCCUGUGCCACAACCUCCCGUACCGCCAUCUUGUCCUCUAGCACCUCCGGUAGUGGUAACUCCUGCUCCUCAAGUGGAGUGUACUGCUGGUUACAUACUGCGAAAUAAAGAAUGCAUAAGAGAAGAAAUUGAAUGUCCAGAAGGGACUACAUACCGUGGUGGAAAAUGCGAAAGAAUUGCUUGCCCGCCUCCAUCCGUGUGGAAUGGACAAUACUGCGUUCACUACAUUACUCAACAGGGUGCCACUAAUAACACAAAUUUGGUCAACAAUACCCAUACCGUCCACAAUUUCAAUAAUGUUACGCAUGAUACCAAUGUCAACGUCAAUAAUGUUAAUAAUGUUUACAUAUAUAAAGGGGGUGAAGUAGUUCAUGUUACUAACGGGACACAGGUCCCGCCACCACCACCUCCACCAUCUCGACUACAACCUGAACCUGAGCCUGAACCUGAAGUGAUACCGUCACCUCCUUGUUGCACAGUGGUUACGCCGAGAAUAUGUAAACAUUCACAGUCUAGAUGGAGGUGUUUCAAUCGGAAGUAUCAUAGAUGCGGAUCAUUUUGUACGCGUCCUAUAAUCCAGCUGAGACCAACUCAACCUGUUCUCCAGCAUCAGGUCUUAGUUAUGCCACCAACGCCACCUGUCAUGCCGAAUUGUGGACCAUCAGGAUGUUCUGGUCAAGUAAAUUGCUCUGGGUGCCAAACGGGAGGAUAUUGUUCUCCUUCUUGUUAUGAAUAUUCGUGUGGCGAAGAUUGCAUGUAUCAAGAACAGCAAGCGUUUUGUCAAGACUUUGCGGGUCCAGGAUGUGGAGUACAAGACGGAUGCUACAUAUGAGGCUAGAAAGUAGUUAGCAGAUAAAUAGAUAAUAAUGUUGUUCAUGUAUUUUAUCACGGAAUAAACGUUAUGUGUUUUGUCAAUGGGAA